AUGUUCGCCAUUUUUAGCGUCUUAUCCCUUUCAUUAGACUUAUGCUACCAUAACAAUGGUGUUGGCGAGUGUCCAAAUGGUUCAAUUGGUAUAUCAUCUGUUGAUGACAUCAGUUCUCACAUUUCUAUUUCAGAUAAAUCGGUUACAGUAACAGUUAUCAACACACAGGAUACUGCACUUAAGUGCAAAUCCAAUCUUAACAUCCAAAUACCAAUCACCUUUGUUGGUCUCAACGAUGCAUACCUAGAAUAUACAGUUUACUCAGCUUCUACAGAUCUUGCUGAUCUUAGACUUUCUAAUCUUAAUGUUAACAUCAAAACAAAUGGUAACAAGAUCACUUUCAACAAAUUAACACUCAAGAAAGUUGCAUUCACAUUCACUUCGACGAAUGAAGUCCUUUAUGCAACAAGUCUUACAUCCGAUCUCUAUUCAAUGCAGUAUUUCGAUGCUGUUCAACCUAACGCUAUCUACGUUGACUUUUCAAACAGAGGAGAUAUGGACAAAUUAUCAACAAUCCAGAUCUUUGCAGGUGCAACAGAUAUUACAUUUGUUGAACCAACAUCAAAGACACAAGUUUAUAUCAAAGAUCGCGAUGUAAAGUUAACAUAUGGAAAUAAAGUUAAACCAUUCCUUAUUAUCAAGUAUUUGGAGACCGCAAUUCAGCUUAACCUUCAUGCAACACUCUAUAACUUCGAUAUGGCUGUUGAAUGCGAUGAAAUUUUUGAUCAUAUUUCAUUUGAUGCUACUAUUAAAGGAAACGCUAAGCUUACACUCGGUGCAAACACUGCUAAACUCUUCACAGAGAAGACAAUCACAGUUAAAGGUGGUUCUGUUGCCUUCCAAGACUCAGAUUACCAAGCAAAUCUUGUCUUUGAAUCAGGAAAGUACUCCCUUAUCGAAGUUCCAUCUGAUAUCCAUUUCAACUCAAUCAUAAUCAAACAACACAGUUUAAACAUCAAGUCUCCACUUGCCGCUAUGAUCAAAGCUGAUUCAAUUACAAUAGAUGGUGAUUGCGAUUUGGAUGUAGAUAGAGAAGUUCGCUUUGUUGGUCAAGAAAUGACAUUAAUUGGUGCUGCAAAAAUUAAUUGCGAUAAUAUUACUUUUGAAAACUAUGAGCGCAUCAAAGCAUCAUCAGAGACAUCAGUCUUAUCAUCACUUACAGCUCAUGAUGUCAACAUCGAAAUUCCACUUGUUAUCAAUUCUACAGGACCAUAUAUUGUAUUUGACAAAUUCCAUGUUACAACAGCUAUCAUCAGCUUAUACCAUGAUGCUGUUGCAACUGAAACAGAAAGAGAUUGGGAUGAAAUCGUUAAUGAUGUUGUUGAAUUAAUCCAUGCUUCAGAUAUGACAACAAUAAGCCAGAAUAUUGUUACAAUUAGAGAUUCUGCUGAUCCAUGGAAGGAAUCAAGCAAAUUAUUCCCAAAAGAAAGAGUUGUUUUCAUUGAAAGAAUUCAAAACAAUGUAAUUGUUUUCACGAUUCUUGCUAAUCCAGCAAAUACAUACAAGACAUACCUUUAUACAAAUGUUGACGUACCAGAAGCCACAGAAUUAGUUGUUUCCAAGACAAAUCACUGGUAUGAAGGAAAUAAUUUCGAUCCAUACACAAAGGGUGUUAGAUUUUUAGUACAUACAUCAAUGCCAGAAGAUGAUGUCGUUGAUUUCUCCAAAGUUAAAGGAAACGGAAUUAUCCUCUCCGCUUUCUUCGUUCAAUCCGAUUAUGCCAACCAUGAAACAACUCCAAACAUUUUCAUUAAUAUUGAUACUCUCGAUGGAAUUUGCAAUGAUUUUUCUUUCAAGAAUGUUGCCGUUAAUUUCAACUCUUCAACAUUAGGAAAAACAGUUCAAAUUGAUAGACUUGCAGCAUAUGGAAACACAGUCUUCAUCUCCAGAUUAUUUAGAAUCUCCUGCCCAUCAAUUACUUUACAAGACACUGUUGUUAAAAAUUACGAAAUAUUCAGAGGUGACAAAAUCUCUGUAAUUCCAACAGGAACAGAUAUCAAAUUAACAACAGGUGAAAAUAAAUGGACAAUUACAAAUCUCAAUGAAAACACAGAUGUUGAUAUUUAUGUUGAUAUUGAUUUGACAUUGUUGAUGACAUCAUCGAAUAUCAAUCUUCAAUUAGCUGUUGAAGAAACCGCUCAAUCUGUUAAGACAUUCAACGUCCAAUUCACAAGCUAUGGAAAAGUCUAUGUUGCCAAGGAAUUUGAGAAUUUCAAGUCUCUUCCACCAAUUGUUUUAUCAUCAUCUGCUUCUGAUUUGUUGAUGAUUAUCAAUGGUUCUUAUGUACCAAUUGCUUUCGGAAAGAUUGAGAAAGUUACAAUCAAUUCCGAAUCAACAGACUUGGAAACAUCUUUCCCAGAUCACACAUUCUUCAAUGGAAACAAUUUCCAGUUAACUAUCCCAGAAUCAUCAGGAAUCAAAUCAAUUAACAUGGGCAAUCUCAAAAUCAAUGAUCCAAUUGUUUCAGAGUCUGCUUCUUUCGUUUCCAAUCCAAUCAUCAAAUUUAACUCAGUCAGAGUUAGUGUUCCAAAACUUAUUGACUUAACAAAUGUCAUCACAAAUGAAUUAAUUGUUGAUGAGACAGUGAAAGUUAAUCUCAAAGAUUCAACAGUUGAAAAUAUCAGAAUCCAAGGAGAUAUUGGUAGAUCAACAUUCCCAACAGUUUAUUUGCUUAAUUCUUCGAUUAACUCUGCUGAAAUUGAGAUCGAAAGAAAGAGUGUUGAAAAGUUAUUGGAUAUGAGUAGAAUGAUCUUCAGUGUUUACAACAAUUUCAAUUUGCAAACAAUCGCUGAAAAUAUCUCUCUUUCUGACAAGUAUUUGACUGUUGCAGGAAAGGACUAUUACUUGUCAUUAAGUAUCUCAAAUGAUGCUGCAUUUGUACAGUUGAAUGAUGCUCCAAUUCCACCAACAUAUACUCCAGGACCAAACUCAACAGAAACAGUCAUUGUUCCACUUCCAUCAGCUACAGAAUCUCCUGACGAAAAGGGAGGAUUGAACAUCGGUGCUGUUGUUGGAGGAUCAGUUGGAAUCCUUGUAGUUCUAAUUGUUAUUGUAUCUGUAGUCAUUUACUACAGAUCUGUUCCAAAGGAGCAACUCGAUAGUGACAUCUUGACACAAUCAAAUGAUUACCUUCUUAACACUGCUUUAUAA